UUCGAAUCCUAACGUAAUUUUUGUCUAACGGUCGUCCGACGUUCGCCAACCAGUUUUGUGUUUUCGCUGGUUGAUCUCGGACGUCCGGACGGCGGUUUUUUACGUGCCGCACGUGCGACGAAUGCCGGCUAGUGUUAUAAAUGUAAAUAUUAUCGGUAGUUUUGGUGAGCUGUAAGAUGGGCGAUCUCACGAUGCAAAAAUGGGAUUCUGUCAUCGUCGAUUGGGUCAAUUGUCUCGAACUCUGCAAACGCAUUCAGAACAUUAACGCAUUGAAAUCCGGCGAAUUUUUCCAAGCACUCUUAGAUCUAUUGCAACCAGAUCUUCACACAACCAUCGGCGAAUUUCUACGCACGCACUACCCAUCUUUUGAAAUCGGUGGCAAUGGAAAUUCCGCGAAUUAUACAGACGCGGAACUCACCGCUGUUGCAUCUUUACUGCUACAUUUCAUGAGUUUCCAUGAUCGACGCGAAGAGUUUAUCGCGCCUAUGUGCCACAAACUCAACAGCACCGUACAAACAUUCAUCAAGCUUUUCCUGGAACAUUUUAAGCCUGAGACAACGGCGGCACAAUUUAACGAUGUCGUACGCAAAGCAAUCAAGGGUGAUCCUAUCCUUGCCUGUUGCACGCCUAAAAAAAGUAUGGAGUGGAACUCCUCAGGGGAGUCCCCUUUCGUUCACAAUAGCCCCUUGGUUGAAUAUUUUAAGACGCCAGCUGCGAAAACGGCAAAGAUGGUAGAAAAAGACAGAGAAAUAAGGCGGUUGCAGCAAGAACUACAGUUGGAAAGAGAUGACAAAGAAGAUUUGAAUGUGGAAAUACGGGAACAAAAGCAGCGGAUACAAAAGAUUUCAUUAGAAGUUCAUGAGAAAUCUCUGGUUAUAUCGAAUCUCAGCGCUCGUUUGGCAGAUAUUGAAGAAAGACCGCCAACGGAUAAACCACGUGAAAUUAUUGAAAUUGAGAAGUUGUUGAGGUCGGAACUAGCUGAUGCACAACAAUAUAUUUGUGAAUUGCAGUCUGAACAUGGUGAACUUACAUUUAGAAAGGAGGAAAUAUCAAAAAGGUUGGCACAAGCAGAAGAAUCAGCAUGCACAUGGCAAACGCGUGCAGUGGAGUUUGAAUCAAAACUGGAAGAAGCACAACGACAAUACAAAGCCCAACAGGAGGAGUUCACCAACCUGCAGAUAAACUACAACGAAUUAUCAACGCUUUUGGAUGAACUUCGUCAGAACAAGACUCACAACAACACUUUGGAAUUGGAUAAUUCCGUAUCGACAAUCAACGUUCAGUCCAUGUCUACGUCUGAUGAAACACUUGCCAAUACGGUUGUUGAAAUUAAACUCAAAGAAUGUCAACUGGACAUUCAAGAAUUGAGUGUUAAACUAGCAGAUCAAAUUCAAUAUUCCACCGAUGUAGAGAAACAAAUGAAAACUACUCUACAAGAAUUAGAAGAGUGUAGAAGUAGUUUUACAGAACUGCAAGCAUUCAAACAUGAUGUAGAUAUUACUCUGGAUAAAUACAUUGUUACUAAUGAGAAGUUGGAACUGAAAAUCAACGAGCUUGCUAAGGAUUACAGCGACGUGGAGGACAAUAACAAGAAAUUAAAGGAUUCAUUGACUGCAUCAGUUGAAGAAAGUCAGAAGUUGGAAGAUGAACUCAUUGAUGUAAAGACACAGCUUGAAGUUGCUAAUAAUAAUCAUCAGAACAUGUUAUUGAAACACGAUGAGUUGAUGGAACGUCUUGUGAUUUUGCAACAAUCUGAAGAUACUUUGCUGACUACUAAUUUGAAGAUUACUCAACAAGUUGAAGAAUUAACCAGGGAAAAUGGUGCUAUAAACGAAGAGUUUUCAGCGAUGCAGUUGCGGCUUUUAGAUCGUGAGAGUGUAAUUCAAGUCAAUGAUGAAUUGAUAGCGAGUCUACGCAAAGAUUUACAGGAUGUUGAACUUGUUCGCAAUGACUACAAGGAGAAACUCGAUGAGAAAAACAUAAUAUUUGAUGCAUUAGAAGAAGAAUCACGUCAUUUACAGCAACAGUAUGAGGAAGCAGUUGACGCAUUUAAUAACUCUGAUUUCAACUUGCAAGCGUUACAAAAACAAAUCAAAGAAUCUGAUAAUAAGUUACAGACUAAUAUUGAUCGUCUAGAGGAAAUGAUUACCGGAUCAAUUGAAUAUUCAAAGAUGGAGAAAUUUGAAAGGAUUCAGUGUUUGUUGGAUAAAUUGUCAUCAAAACAAAUGUCAUUUGAGAGUAAAAUUGAGAAUAUGACUCAGUUGAAUACUAAAUUAGAAGAACAAUUAACAACUUUACGUGCUGAUGAUUUGGUAAAACAGAAAAACAUUGAAAAAAUCAAACACUUGUUGGAACAAUCACAACAAAGUGUGAGUCAACUAGAAAGCGAUAUUCAGGAGAAGAUUGAAACUAUAUCUGAUAUGAAUGAGAAGUUACGAUCUUUUGGUAGGACUGUAGAGGAAUUGGAAUCGUUGAAAGUUGUUGCUUUCGAUAAAGAAGCUGAGAAUCUCUUAUUGCAAGGUCGUUUAGAUUCGGAACGUGAGGAAACUUAUAAUUUGAAGCAACGAGUUGAGGAUCAAUGCGAAAUGUUGAAUAGUUUGGAGGUUUUGAGAGAUGAUCUUCAAUUACAAGUUAAAUUAUUGACUCUGGAGAAUUCUGACAGAGUAUCUGUUAUUGAACAGUUAGAGAGACAGAUUCUUACCAUGCAUAAUUCAGUUAGUGACUUACUGCAAGUUAAAGAACAGUUGCAAGAUGAUAUUAAUAAUUGCAAUCAGUUAUCUGAAGAACAAAAUUUACAAAUUGAGGUAUUGCAGAGUAAAUUUGAUAGUUUGCAAGAAGAAAUGAAUACUGUUCAAGGUGCUAAUUCAUCUCUGCAAGUAGAUGUUGUUAAUUUGAAGGAUACGAAUGCGGAUUUAUUAGAACAACUUAAAAACUUACAAACCUCUAGUAAUCAGUUGACUCAGAAAAAUAAAGAGUUACUUGCAAAAUGUGAGGAGAAGGAUACAGAAAAUCAAACGUUACAAAAUAAUAGCAAACAAGAAAUAGAUUCUUUAAACCAUAAUAUUAAAAGUUUAAAGGAUGAUUUGCAAGCAGCAGCAGCAGAAAAUGAUUCUAAUAAGAAAACAAUUGAAGAACUUAUGAUUGAAAUUGACUCUCAACUGCUUAAACUUACAAACAAAGAUUCUGAACUCACCAUUGCCAAAGAAGAGUUCUCUAAUAAAGAUUUAAAGCGAAUGCAAACAAUUAAUGAAUUAAAUGACAAGAUUACAAAUUUGGAAGAAGUUAAACGAGGUUUAGCGACUGAUUUACAGCUCGCUAAAAAUCAGACUGCAUUAAAACAGAAAGAUCUAGAAGAUUUACGCAAAUCUGCUUCUCAAACAGAGAAGGAAUUGAAUGAAAAAAUCCAUCAACACAAGAAGAAGAUCGAAAUGAUUCAAUUAACCAUAGAGAAUUUGGAUAAACGUGUGAAGGACCAAUCAGAAGAAAAGGAUGCCCUGGAAUUACGGUUAACAGAAGCGACUGAAACGAUUGGUGCGUUAACUGCAGAAAAGGGUAAUCUGUCUGGCGAAUUUAAUCAAACAAGAAAUGAGUUGACGGCAUUGGUUCAACAACUGCAAGCAAAAGAAAAUGAUUGCAAGCGUAAAGACGAUGUUAUUGAACUGAAUACAGCAGAAUUAUUGGCGUUAAAAUUGGAAAUAGAAAAGAAAACAAAUGAAAUCUCAACAUUGAAGAGCAGUCUUGCUGAUAUAGAAGAUGAAAAAGCUGCAGCGCUUUUAAAUGCAAGUGAAACGAAAGGUAAACUUGAUGAGUUGAGCAACAGUCAUAAAACAACACUGGAAGAAUUGCAAAUAAUCACUGAUAUGAAAAAUUCUUUGACUGCAAAAACCGAGCAGUUUAAAGAAAACAUUCAGACUGUCUUCACGCAUUUUCAUAUUAAAAAGAAAAACAUGAAACAGUCACUGGAAGAGUUGAAAAAUUAUAAAAACACUAAAGAAGAUGAAAUUAAAAAGUUGAAUCUACAAUUGGUUGAUCUACGAACGGAUGCUGAACAUUUAAAAGAAGAAAAUCAUUCUGUACAGAAGGAACUUCAACAUUUGUUUGAAUACAUUGAAACAAAAACUAAAGAAGUUAAUGAUUUACAAGAACAAGCUGAUACUCUCAAAACAACUGAAAUCGGUUACCUACAGGAGAUUUCCAUGCUCAAAGAAGAAUUGAAUUAUACCAUUAACAAGUACACAGAAGCGCUUGCAACUGAAAAGGAACAGAAAGUAGAAAACGAUUCACAAAUUCAGAAUCUCACUGAAAGUUUACAUGAAAUGCUGGAGAAGUUUAAUUCACUUGACAAGGAGCAUAAAGAGUUGCAGAACAUUCUCGAAUACAACAAGAAGUCUUAUGAUGAAAUAAAAACUGCAAAAGAAUCCAUGGAGUUUGAAAUUGUUCGUUUGAAGAGCGAGUAUGAGGAAGAUACUAAAAAUUGCCAAAUGGAAUUCCAACAGGAAAUGAGUACUCUUAAGAAGAUUGAAGAAUCAUUGCGAAAAGACAUUGAUGAUCUUCAAAUGCGUCUACAGGAGUCCCAGGAAGAAGGAUCAAGUGUUUUGACUGAAUUAGAAGACGCCAAGACUCAUUUGCGCAUGAUUCAAUCCGAAAAGGAUGACAUGACGAAAAAGUUGGAAGAAUUGGAGUUGACUAAUGCAAAUGUGCGCAGAGAUUAUGACAAUUUAAAGAUCGCCAAGGAAAAGUAUUUAAAAGAAUCUAAACAAAAACUGAUCGAAAAGCAGGAUAUGUUGCAAGAAGAAACCAAAGCGCAUGAAUCGAUUGUGGCGCAGAAAGAGAUUGAAAUAAUGAAACUGAAGAAAGAGGUAUCCAAAUACUAUGAUCGUAUCAAACGCGAAGAGAAGACUUUCCGAGAGGAUAUCGAAAAGCGUCAGAAGGAGAUUCAAGAGUUGCAUACCAGCAUUGCCAAGUUUUUGCAGAAUAUUGAAACGCUGACAAAAGAGAAGGAGGCGCUCACAAAGAGGAUUAAACAACUGGAGCAGGAACAUCAAGAGAUGGUUGGAUUCUGUCGGCAACAGGACGCAACGAUUCUGGAACACACUACACAAAUACGCAAUCUUCAAAUAUCCAAUGAUGUGCUUGAAGCUGGCAAGACUAAAAUGGAGAAAUUGUUGAAGGAGUUGGAGGAUCGGUUGGCAUCGCUACAAAAUCAAAUGCACGACGAGCAGCAGCAGUUUGAGGUUACAAGAAACUCACUGCAAUCUAAACUUGAUAAGGCCAACGCUCAAAUAAGUGAAAAUGAGAUUUUGGUUAAACAAAAAUGCGAAGAAAUUGAAGCUGCGAAUGAUGAAUUUGACUCUGUCCAAUCAAUCCUGACCAAUAUGACAAGAAAGAUGGAGGCUACCAGUCGACAACUGACGGUUAUUCACGAAGAUUACGAGGGUAAACUGAAAUCUGAGCGGGAGUCUUUCAACGAGUUGAAGAUGCAGUAUGAUGCUACGAAAUCUGAGAUGGAGUACAUGAGCGGCUUGAAUAAAACGUUGACCAUCGAGCUGGCGGAGACGAAGCACGAACGUGUGGCGGCGGAGGCGAGCGUACAUGAGCUGCAGGAGUUGAUCGCCGAGAUGCAACAAAAGUACGCAUCAGUAGCUAGCCAAUUAGAUGCUAAAGAUGCGUCGAUUGCUUCGUUACAGGCGGAGCUGGCGGAUAGGAUGGCCAAGUUUGCGGACGCUACUAGUGCGCGGCACGCCCACGAGGACGAACAACGUCGAGCGGAGGCGCAGCUGGCGCAAGUAACGCAGCAGAAGGAAGAGUUAAUUGAGAAACAUGCGUGCGCACUGCGGGCGGUCGAGGAAAAUUUACUGCGCACCGAGGGUGAAGUUAGGGAGGUUGUCGCGCGAUUGGAGAGUGUGCAGUGUGGACGGGGUGAAAUUGAGCGGUUGUUGGGGGCGGAGCGUGAGGCGAAGGAGUUUUUGGAGCGACGCGUGGCUGAUUUACAAACGCAAGUUUUUGAUGCGAACGCUGUCAGGGAUAAAUUGACAGUUAAUAUUAAACAUAUUCGGUCGUUGCUGGGAGACAAAAAUGAGGCUUUGGAUGAGGAAGAACUUGAUGAUAUCAUUAUGGAUACAGAGCGGCGUAUUAUUAAUGUUUAUGGAAAAUUGCGUGAGCUUGAGAGUAUUAAAGAAACUGCCGAGAAUGAGAAGGAAAAUGCACAGAGGGCGCUGCAGCAAAUGGACAAAUGUAACCAACAACUGAAUGAAGAUAAAGCAAAACUUUUGGAAACUUACGAGAAACUUCACGAGGAGAAGGCUGCGUUAAUGCAAGACCAAGCUAAGGAGGCAAAGAGUUUAGAAAAUAUGAAGAUGCAGUAUGAAAUUUUACGCGAGCAACACCACAAUUCCAGUGUUAUCCAAGAGAAACUACAACAAUUGGAAGCAAAUAACACUCAGCAACAUGAUUUAUACACUGAAUUUAUGAAAAAAUCUCAAGUUGCUUUCAAAGAGAUUGAAACAAUGGUUUCCGAACGUAACCAAUUGGAACAAGUGGUUUACAACUUGCGUGAUCAAUACAUAACGCUACAAAUUAAAUCUAUUCAUAUAACCGAAGACCGUCACAAGUUACAUUACGAGCAGAAAACCGCGCUGGAAGUUAUCAUCGAUGAUAUUUACAAACAAUUUAGACGUCUUUCCAAAAUGAUUUAUAAUGUAAGUCUCAAAUGUCAUCAAGUCGUGGAGAAAACCGUGUCGGCCAUCUUGGAAAACAAAGCAGUUGAUUCUGUAAACUUAUUUAAAGAGUUAUCUUGUGAAGAGAUAACUGAAAAAUUAGAAGAUUUGAAAGAUAACGCUAAUAACACACAAGUUCAACUUGAAGCAUUCCUGAUUUCCGUUGAAGCAUUGCCAAUCAAAGAUGAAAAACAGAAAGUACUCAAGGAGAAUAUGCAACCAGUCAAACAGCAGCCCAAGGAGGAUGAAUGGCGGAAAAAGUAUUUGAGUGUCAAGCAGAAAUUGACGCUUGUUGAGAAUGCCAAGAACAAUUUCGAGAAGAAAAUCAAACAAUUGCGAGAUGAGAAUAAGAAAUUAAGUUGUACUUAUGAAGAGAAAAAGGUUAAAACUGAGGUUCAAAUUGAAAAAGAAGAACAUGUUGAACAAAAAUCAUCUGUGGAGGAUAAUGAUGUUCAUUACAAACAACUUUUGAGUGAAUAUAUUCAACUCAAGCAACAGAAUCAAGAUGAUAUGACUCAUUGGGCAGACAAGUGUCAUAAACUUGAAAUACAGUUAUCACAAACAAGUAAGAAUAAUAAUUGUCAAGAUGAGUUGCAAAACGAAUUAUUUUCACUCAAAGGUAGCUAUAGAGAUGUAAAAAUUGCUUAUUCAAAACUCCAAUUGGAUUAUUCUGCCCUUGAACAAUUGUUAAAUGAACGCAACGAACAACUUAAUGCAUUAACAUCUACAAAAGAAUCUUAUUCGAAUCUCUGUGAGGAAAACACAAAACUCAAGUCAGAAAUAGACACACUAAAGUACAAACGGCAACGUGAUCGCGAACAAUUCUUACAGCACGCAAAGAAAUUAGAUGGGGAAUUAGCUGAUAAGGUUACAGAAGUAAGGGCAGAGUAUGAUUUGAAGCUGGAGAAGAUGAAGGAGCGUAUUGUUUCCAAGUAUAAAGAACAAGUCGACCAGAAUGAAUCACAACGAUAUGAAAAAAUACUCGCGCUUAAGGAGGAAAAUGAACACUAUAGAAAUACGGUUUGUAAAUUAAAGGAUGAACUUGGCAGGUCGCAAGCGAAGAAUGAAAUUAUCGACUCUGAGAAGCAGUACAUCAUGCAACAGUUGAAAGAAGCCAGGAGGCAAGAGGAAGCAGAGUUUGACUUUAAAGAACCAGGGCUUCUUAGCAGACGCGCCAGUUCACAUAGUUUACAGAGUGAUAGAAGAAGUGCUUAUAUUGAAGAGCGCAGGAGUACUUUUAGUUUGCCGCGAAGUAUGCAACCAGGACAACCGGGAAAAAUGGAUAUUAUUGAAGAGGUGCGAUAUCGCAGGCGAACUAGUAAUGUUACUCCAGCUGCAAGUGAAUUGCAAAUGGAGGAUGAAGGUGACAUGUUCAACAAUAAAUACCUGCAUGAUUUGAAAGCUGGCCGGCCUAGUAUUGCAUCAAGUCGCGAAUCUUCAUCUAGUCGACUCUCUGAGUUUGCGUACAGGAAUUCUCUAUGUCCCCCACACUUGAAAAGUUCCUACCCGGCUGAAACUCAGUUUUUGGACCAACGACAGUAUAAAGACGACGAUUUGAAGAGUGGAAAUAUUGACUUUUUGGACGAUACAAUGAAAACACAACUCUUACCUUCCGAGAAACACAAAAAGAAAGACGCUGGUACGACAUCAUACAAACGCCCCGGUCCGCCAACGCCGAGUAAAAAUGGCGGCCGUCCUUCGCUGCAGGGAAAUGAACGCGUGCUGCGUGAAUUAUCGACAGAUCAGAAACGCACCACCCCCAAUCCACUGCGAUCUCUCUUUUCAUCAUCUAAUAAGAAAGUAGGGGCUGUGGAUGAGGUAGGUUACAACGACGCUUGGUCUUUCUGCGAGGGCGGCACUGCUAGGCGCAGGAGGUGUGCGCAUGGGCCGCUGGAUACUCUUAUUUCUUUGGCUACGUGCAGUUAUCAUCGUACGUGUACGUGCACUCGUAUGCACACUUGUACCGAACAUAUUAGUCGACGCAGGCGGCAUGUGGUGUGUCUUUGUAUGCCAUCGCGUUGCGUGGCGUGCAGGAGCGUGCGCAUAGAGACGAAGCGACAAAUUAAUCGCGCGCAUAUCUUCUUCAUGCGCACCUUUUGGCUUUUUACACGGAACGCGUUUUGUGUGUUGUCUAUCGUCGCUGCUAGCAUCUCACUUGUUUCGUACACUUCCUAAAACACUAAAAUACUCACACACUUGUUAUUUUUACACUUUUUACACAACUUUUUACAUAUUACGUUUUAUUUUUCUCUGUUGUUUUUAACGUAACAUUUGCACGUUUGUUAUCAAUUAACUCUCUUCUACCAUGCAGCUUUAAUUGUCGCUAUACUCGACAAUCGAUAAUACAUUUCUAUUAAUAUAUAAAUACUAUACCUAUAUUUUUUAACACGGAAAUAUAACUAUGGAUGAAACUUUAUGCUACAAAA